AUGGCACCUCCGCAACUACGACACCAGGUCAUCCGGAUAUACAAAGGUGAUGAUGGCCUCGCGUAUAAACACACCCAGUUCGUGAACAGAACACUCACGAACAAUAAUAUAGAGCUCCUCUACCUCGGGCGAGAAUACCCUCUCGGCUAUGACUACUUCAAGCCUCGCCUUCACAAGGCCUUCCGUGCCAAAGCCGACUUGGAGAACGAAGACGACAUUCGCAAGGGCAUUGCGCAGGCCGAGUACGUGAAGAAAGGUGAGUUGAUCUGCUUUGGGGGCCUCAAAAAUCUCCCAUCCAUGGCUGACGAUACCGGAAAUUUAGAGAUAGAAGCCCUGUACGUCCAUCCGUCCAUCCAAUAA